AUGGGGGCCAAAGAAGUAUUGAUCAAGUCAGUCGCUCUCGCUUUACCGAUCUAUGCUAUGUCGGUAUUCCAGCUCCCUAAAGACUUAUGUGCUAGAAUCACAAGUGAUAUCGCUGAGUUCUGGUGGAGCAGUGGUAACAAAAAGAAAAAGAUCCACUGGGUCUCAAUGGAAAAGCUGUGUAAACCGAAAGAAGCUGGAAGUAUGGGGUUCCAUGACAUUGGGCGCUUCAAUCAGGCGUUGCUAUGUAAGCAGGCAUGGAGGAUAUGGAGCCAGCCUGACUCUCUUGUUGCUAAAAUUCUCAGAGGCAGAUAUUUCUCUAAGAGUUCUUUUAUGGAUUGCGGUGUAGGCACUCGUCCUUCUUACAUUUGGAGGAGUAUUCUACAUGGUCGCGAGUUGCUGCAACAGGGACUAGUCAGGAAAAUCGGUAAUGGAGCCUCAACUAACGUCUGGGCAGAGAACUGGAUCAUUGAUACCACACCCAGACCACCUAUGUACCGAGCAGACAGUGAUAUAGACCUCACGUCAAAAGUCUCUGAUUUAUUCAUGGAUAACACAGGGCGAUGGAACAGAGAACUUCUGUUUGAAACUUUCACUGAUGAAGAUGCAGAGCGAAUCCUAUCUUUGAAGCCACGGAUGGAGGCUCAAGACUCAGUGGAAUGGGGAUUCACCAACAAUGGCUUCUACUCUACUCGUAGUGGCUAUAAAUUAACAGAGGAACUGGUGAAGCUUAAUGCUGGUGGAGGUAGUUCUCUUCCUCCCUUGGAAAAGAAACUAUGGAGUCACAUCUGGAAAAUCAAAGCGCCUCCUAAGCUCAAACAUUUCAUCUGGAGAGCUCUCUCUGGUGCUUUGGCUGUUGGGGAAAGAUUGUGUACUUGA